UCAAAGUCCUUGCACUCUUCACACCAGCAGCUUACCCACUGACCAACUGAUCUGGUAGGGUCUAGAUGUUUCCAUAACGAUCCAUCGUGUUGAUAAAGGCUGAUGAUCAUCGGGAAAGAUUCGGUGUGAACUUUUUAAAAUCUGAGCUGAGAUCUGAAAUCUGAAGAAGCCUUAAUUUAACUCAACUAGAAUUUUCACCUGAAGGAAUCCAGACUGGUUUUUGUUUGUUUGGUGUGUUUUUUGACAAAUUCAAACAUUUUUUUAAGACUUUAAGAACAUUCAGAGCCAUUUGCGCUGCGCUAACUUCUUUUGGGAAAUAGUUUUGGCAUUUUUAAACCAACUGACCAAAUCUGACGGUGGGAAUAACCACAUCACCUGCAAGAGCAGAGAAAUUUUUAUAGAGACAACAAAAGCAAAUAAAUUGGAAAUUCACCAUGAGUAGUAGUGGGAUUGCCACAGUUCCACCUCGGGAUCCACAGACUUUCAAACGGACUGUAAAGAAGAUAAAAUGCGCUGCUAUGGUGGCCAACUUGGCUAAGAGCUGGCAGGGAUGGGCUAAUGAACACGCGGGCAAGCAAGACGCCAUGCCAAGUGGUUGGAUGCCUUCAUCCGUGGAGGAGGAAGUUAAAAAAGAGCACAACCAUGUUGUCAAACUUACAGUUACUCCACGUGUAGUCACAGCAGAUCCCAGCGAAACCGGCGGGAAUAAGAUUAGAACCUGCUCUGUGACCAAGACUGUUCAGCCAAAACGCAGCGAGUGCAGCGGUAGCGAUGUGGUUAACGCCAUACGAGGCAAGAUGGAGUCAGGCCCCGAGGAGAGCAAGCCAUUCAUGGGCAACGAGUCGCCAACACGGCGGCGGCAGAUGAGGGCACUACAGACGGCAGGAGGAGGAGGGAUCCUCCAGGGCAGGAAGCUAAUGCUCCAGGAGAAGAAGUCGGGGUCGAGGAGCAGCAGUGUGGACACGGACGACAGCGGUUUGGGAGAGGAGAGCGGGCUCAGCGACAGCAAUGAAUCCAAAACCGAACAGAGCAAACCUCAGCCCAAAAAACAGGCCAGCAGGCCCAAGAUUAAAAUUGCCACUAUGGGUGACAUCAGAGGUCGCUGGCAGCAGUGGUCCGACCAGCACAUCGUAGGCCAGAAGCUCAACCCCUUCAGUGAGGAAUUUGACUACGAGUACGCCAUGGCCCAGCGCCUCCGCAAGGGUGACUCCGGGUAUGGACAACCCAAAGAAGGCUCCAAGACAGCGGAGAGAGGAGACCGGGCCCAGAAACACAUCCACAGGGAGAUGGAGGAGAUGGUGUGGAUUAUAAGAGACAUGGGCUUCAAGGAUAAAGAAGGCAGGACCGUCAUAACCUUCGGACGCCUCUUCGACCGCUACGUGAAAAUCUCAGACAAAGUGGUGGGAAUUCUGCUUCGCUGCCGCAAACACAAGAUGCUGGACUUUGAGGGGGAGAUGCUGUGGAAAGGACAGGAUGAUGAUGUCAUCAUUACACUAAGGGACUGAAACAAAGUCCACACAUGCAUACAAAUUUCAUACAUCUGCAGCAGAAACAACUACUCACGCUGAGCUACACAACAUCACGUACACAAGGAAAAUGGAGUAUUUUUGUAAUGUUUAAAAAUGCAAUAUGCAUACAUAUCUGAUUUUUCACACACACAGACACACACACACACACACACACACACCAGAGUCAUUAGUUCUUCUCAUAUUCCUGACAGAUUAUGCGGUGAAGGGAAGCUAUCUUUAGCUUGCCAACCAUCCUCGCCUUGCUAAGUAUGCUGCAUGCUGGAAGCCUUGAGAAGCCAUCACAGUGCCAGUUUACUGAGACUGCAGCUAAAGCAACGAGAACUUGAUUUCAUCAUAUCAGAACUGACAAGGGAACUCCAAACCAUGACAUCAGGAGGUUUUCUUGUUUGUUAGCUAGUUUUAAAAAAGCACAUUAAUGAGACUCAUGUUUGCGUAUCUUUGUUUUGUUUUUUUGUCCUCUUCAAAUCAACAUUUUAAGGCUAAAUUGUCAAAUUAAGCUACACGAGUGUGAGCCAACAUCUACUGUAAGUCAAACUGAAGAUUUGCGUGUACAGCUAACGUCUCUUCAAUGAAGUUAGUUAAAAGCACACUAGGCCACUCUUUGUAAUGAGACAGUCUCCAAAGUUAUUGUAACCAUUCAUUUACUCUGGACAUACUCAUCUUCUGUAAUUAUUCUCCUGUAACAUGUUUAGUUGGCAUGGCUUUUUUUUUUUUGCAAAAUUGUGUCAUUUUAUUUUUGCAGGGAAAAUGUCCGCAUCACGAAGCUUACACACAGUAAUAUUAAUCUUAAUGUGAAUGCUUGAAAAACUCUUCGGUGUAUCUGUAAGGUUAGAUUCUUUUGAAGUAAAUAAUUUUAUAGUGUUUUACAGUGUUUUACCAUAUUUUAACAUCUGUAAAAUGUUAAAUUGGGUUUGUCUAAAAUUAAAUGAAAACCAAACUAAGAGGUGUUUAAAUUUCAAAUGUUUGCUUCUU